CCAAAACCUGCGUCCGGAUGGGCAGCGUGACUGGAAUUUGACAGCACAGGAACGGCGUCGACGAGUUCAGCCAUCAAAAUCUCACUAGAAGAAAACGUUUCCAAGGGCAGCGUCAAACUCAAUUACUCCACAUAUUGGCUAGACUGGCACGCUACGCUCGUUCCUUGUUGGCUCCUCGCAAACCACUACAUUUCGACCCUCCUCCGGACUCCCUCCGGCGAAUCCACAGUGUCGACGAUCUGCACCCGUCCCCGAUUUUUUCACCAGAAUUGUCCUGUGACCGCUCGCGACUACAACUCCCAUCGAACGGUUGACGUUACCUUUGGUGCUCAGUUUGCUUACUACAUUGCCCUGCUACGGUACCCUUCUGUCUUCCUUUCAACUCGCCCGCGCCCGUAUCCCACACACCCACGCCCCUCCAACGCUGCGUCUAGUUUAAGUGGGACGUGCUGCGCUAGAGGUUGCCUGUUUCGCGCCACCAACAAUGGACGGUGAUGUCACGGGUGGGCGACUGCACGUUUGGGAAGCCGACUGGGCAUGGCUCUACGUCGACAGCAACAGGCGCAUUGGGUCAUGGCGGCAGGGUCUGCGUCCCUCGGCUUCAGUCCGAAGUUGACCGCCCCAUUGAUAUAUCUCGAAGCCUCGCCCGGGUAGUCAGAGUUGGCCAAUCCCUUGGUUCUCCCGAAUCAUCCAGACUUUUGGUCUCUAGAAGUUGUCCUUCCGCCUAAUUAUCUCUCUCAUCCUCCUUCAUUCUCGGCUGGCCUCCUGAACAACAGGAGGAAGCGAUAUCCUUACCUUCUCUCGACCGUCCUGCACUUUACACCUGCAUGACAACAGCUCAACAUGGCUGGCACACGAUUUGCUGAGGAACCGCCUCAGGUCAUCAACCAGGCUGACCUCGAAGUCGCCAACGAGAAGCUCGAGUCCCGCGACGAGCGCAACGUUAAUGACGGCACCAGCGGUAGCGAUACAGCAGCUUCGAAAGAGCACGACCCGACCAUUGAUCACUCGGAGCACCUGAACGGCAACGGCGCCCUCAAUGGCAACGGUAACGGCGCCAAGCUGGAGAAGCUGGGCACCUAUGACAAGUACGAAAUCACCGAGGACGACUGCUACGAAGAGCUGGGCUUCUGCUUCCCUAAGUGGAAAAAGUGGUACAUCCUCACCGUCAUCUUCUGGGUCCAGGUCUCGAUGAACUUCAACACCUCGCUCUACUCCAAUGCCAUCGGCGGCAUCUCGGAGGAGUUCAACGUCAGCGCCCAGGCCGGCCGCUGCGGUGCCAUGAUCUUCCUUGUGCUUUACGCAUUUGGCUGCGAGCUUUGGGCCCCGUGGUCCGAGGAGUUUGGCCGCUGGCCGGUUCUCCAGCUCUCACUAUUUCUCGUCAAUAUUUGGCAGAUUCCCGUGGCUCUGGCGCCCAACUUCGCUACCAUCAUGGUCGGUCGCGCCUUGGGCGGUUUGUCGUCCGCUGGCGGCUCCGUCACACUCGGUAUGAUUGCCGAUUUAUUCGAGUCCGACAAGCAGCAGUAUGCUGUCGCAUAUGUCGUCUUCUCCUCAGUCGGAGGAUCCGUUCUUGGCCCCAUCGUGGGUGGCUUCACUGAGGAAUACUUGCACUGGAGAUGGUCCAUCUGGGUCCAGCUCAUUUUCGGAGUUGCGGUCCAGGCCGUCCACGCCCUCACCGUUCCUGAGACACGCACAACUAUCAUGAUGAACCGCAUCGCCAAGAGACGCAGAAAGGAGGGCAACCCCAACAUCUGGGGUCCCGACGAGCUCGUCCCCUUCAAGGACCGCUUCUCGGCAAAGGAGGUCAUCACGACCUGGAUCCGUCCCUUCAAGAUGUUCCUCACCGAGCCCAUUGUUCUGGUGCUGUCACUUCUCUCCGGUUUCUCUGACGCUCUCAUCUUCAUGUUCAUCCAGUCGUUCGUCCUCGUCUACGGACAGUGGAACUUCACCACCGUUCAGGUCGGAUUGGCCUUCAUUCCCAUUGGUAUCGGCUAUGUUCUUGCAUGGCUCCUCUUCAUUCCUGCUAUCAAGCGCAACAUCAAGGAGCGUGCGGCCAAACCGAACGAUGAUAGGGCACAGUACGAGUCUCGUCUUUGGUUCCUUUUGUACACCGCGCCUUGCUUGCCUAUUGGCUUGAUUGGCUUCGCCUGGACUAUUCAAGGACCUCCCAUCCACUGGAUCGGCUCCAUGGUCUUCGCAGCCAUUGUCGGUAUCGCCAACUACGCCAUCUACAUGGCCACUAUUGACUACAUGAUCUGUGCCUACGGACCAUACUCCGCGUCAGCAACCGGCGGUAACGGUUGGGCUCGUGAUUUCCUCGCAGGUGUCCUUACUGUCCCUGCCACGCCUUUCUUCACCAACAUUGGCGCAGGUACCGGAAAGAACCUUGAGUAUGCUUGCACGAUCCUGUUCUGCAUCUCAUUCAUUCUCGUCGUCGCUGUCUAUGUCAUCUACUGGAAGGGUCCUACCUUGCGCGCACGCUCCCCAUUCGCUCAGAAGCUGGCCGGCGCCAGAGAUGAUGCGGGCGGUCGACGCGUCAGCCAUGUCGCAGGUGCAGACAGGCGCGCGAGUGUUGCCUCCGGCGCUUCUGGUGCUGAGCGCCCUGAUCGUCCGGCGUACGGACGUUCUUACAGCCAGAAUUCGCGCUUCUUUGGCGAGAACCGUGUUACGCCCCGCGGCACUCCCAGAGGCACUCCCUCUGCGAGCAGACGCAACAGUUAUGUUGGUACUAGACGCCAGGUCGCAAAGUAAUGUCUAUUCCAUAUGGAACCCCAGGGCUUUGCCUAUUGAAGCUCCAAAAGUUGAUUUCACGAUCUUUGAUACCCUAAACCUAGUCUUAUCUACUAGCUAGACAUAGUCAUAAUAAAGUCAAUCACGAACAAAUUCUUCUAUGGUCUACCUAUCAUCAGGCGUGGGCUCAUUACUUGCCUGGUUAAUACUGCUAAAUUAAACCCUGACAUCAGGCCGAAGUCUUCACGUGGUGCGGAAUAUCAGCCAGAGCAGCUCAUCUCCGAGGAUGUCAUAAUCAUUCGUAGAUCUUUGACGCAAAACCACUGAUGUCGAUAGCAUCAUACCAGUUAUCUAUUGUCACAACCAUCUACGGGAAUGGAUUAUACUCGCCUAACCCCGUACACACACCAUCCAUCUCGACACCAUCAAUCCGCUCCACCACCUUUCCACCCGGUCCGAACCGAAGGACAUAUCCCCCGUUCGCCUCACUCACAACCC